AGAAAAUUCUAUUCUAUUCUAUUCUAUUCUAUUCUAUUCUAUACCGUACUGUACCAAUAGAGGGCGAAACUUUAACACACAGAAAUCUGUGCCAUUAGUUUCUGGUUGACGCGAACUGAGAACCCCGAGGAAGUAAACCGGACUUCACUGUGACAGCUGAUUUUCCCCUAAGACACGGUUUGGACCUCAACUUUGCUUGGAUCAGAUCCUUAGUCCAUUGCCUCUGUCAUGAAAGUCUUACAUCAACACCUAAUGUAUUUCUAAAGAGUGUUGUGGGAUUAGAUCCUAAUACUCCUUGGAUAUCUAACGGAAAUGAUUGAUCUUUUCUUGAGAUAGACUUAACAAAAACAAAAACAAAGUCCAUACGUUUAAGGGCUUCUCAGCACUAUGAACCGAAUACAUCUGUUCAUGUAGACAGCUGGUCUCUUUUUAUUUAUCCAGUUUAUAUCAUUUCCACUUAGUUUUGGUUUAUUUCUCUUUAUGCCAUGGAGGUUACACCAACUGAUUCCAACUCUUCCAUUCCUCCACCUUUCCCAAUAAGGCCAGCUAUGGCUCCAUCUGUACAGCUUGGAGUCACCAUACUUUACACUUGCUUGUAUGGAGCUCUGUUCUGGAUCGUAUACAUCCAGCUCUGGUUAUUGUUAUUAUAUCGCCAUAAGAGAUGGAGCUACCAGAGUGUUUUUCUAUUCCUCUGCCUGUUUUGGGCAGCCCUUCGAACUACUUUGUUUUCAUUUUACUUUGGUGAUGCUGUUGCUGCCAACCACUUGCCAACUCCGAUAUAUUGGCUCCUCUACUGUUGCCCAGUGUGCCUCCAGUUCUUUACUCUGAGCCUCAUCAAUCUCUAUUUUACACAGGUCUUGCUCAAAGUUAGAGACCUGUUUAGUAUCGAACCCAGAAGAGGAUUGCUUUUGGCCCGCUGUGCAUAUGCAGCCAUGAGUGUGGUCUUCUUAUGUGUCAAUGUGGUAUGUGCCAGCCUCGGGGAGCGAGGGGAUAGAGGUUGGGCCAGGAACAAAACAUGGACAUUGGUUCUAGUUCGCGUCUUGGUAAAUGACCUUCUUUUCAUAAUCGAGGCUGUGUGCCUGGCCACUUCGCUGCUUAUCCUGACCCGAUUCUCUCCCACUACCAGCCCUUAUUUAAACAGUAAGGGUACAAGCCUUUGGAGGACAGCUGUGCUUGGAGCAGGUGUGAUCCUUCUCUUCUCAAGCAGAGCAUGCUAUAACCUUACUGUACUCAUCUUGUCACAGAAUUACAAGGUGGAGUCCUUUGGCUUUGACUGGUACAACAUCUCAGAUCAGGCUGAUCUUCGUAAUGAUCUUGGAGACAUGGGCUACAUUAUUUUCGGAGCCAUUCUUUUCAUAUGGGAGCUCCUGCCCACAAGCAUGCUCAUUCUCAUCUUCAGAGUGCCACGUCCUCCUAAAGAAAUGAACUGUAGUCCUGUUAUCAACACAAGGGCCUCACGCUCAUAUUUCUUUGAUGAUCCACGAGGGAUAGAUGGCGAUGCAAAUGCUUGGUCACACGGCAUACGGCCUAACAGCAGCUGGUUUGGCUCCAGUGAGACGACUCCGCUGUUGUUCAACAGAGCAGAUCAGACAAACCAGCAUCACUCUCUCUACUCCACCCCACAAACCUGAGUGCUCAACAGAAGGGGUUUUGGGAUUUGAGAUUGAAUAUUCUCAGGCAAUAAUGCAUCAUUACCUCUGCCUAUGAAGUCUCCUAGGUGAUAUUUGCACUGAAACCUGGUGUACACGCUUGCACAUUCCAUUUUCAUGCUUGUAAUUUAAUAACUAUAGCAGCAUUUUAAGGAGCCUCUCUCCUGUUUACAUAAAUAAGGACCACUAAAGGGCUUUUUUUUUUUGUUUUGUUUAAGAAAUGAAGAGAAACCAUAUUAGAAAUGUUGACUGGAGUGCUUAAUGUGCAAGUGUUUUUUCAGACUUAUUUUAAAUGCUUUUAAUAUGAACAAUUUUAAGUGUUUAUUUUUUUUCCUGUACUUUAAUUUAAUUGCAUUAUAACAUGAGAUUCCUAAUGAAGAUAUGUUAUGACUAAUUAUUUUUACAUAAUUUUCUUUUGUGGAAUUUAAAAAACGACAACUGUGAGUUUAUUGAGUGAUUUAUUCUGCAUUAUUUACAGAUCUUCCUAUUAAAAUACUUUAUACAGUA